CCCUACUGGAUGCUACCCUCGGAUACGGGUGGCUCGAAGAUCACCAUGCAGCGCAGCCACUCCGAUCUCCAAUCGGCUCAUAGAACUGAUCCCUUAUAACUCGAAGCAAGUCGCCUAGAUUCUGGUCUCUCGUCUCUACAUCAUGAACCAGCGAGAAAUGUUCUGGAGGUCUUCACGUUCUGCUUCCUGGGUCCCCAUCUCGUUCAAUCCGCGGGCAUUUGACUGGCAAGCUUCCGAAAUGGGCCGCCCCUUGCUUCCUCAAGGCGUUCAACCCGCCACCGUUAAGGUCGCUGUCAUCGGCGCAGCAGGCCCAGCAGGGUUAUCUUCGCUUAAGGAGCUCCGGGAGGUGGGGUUUGACGUGACAGUGUACGAGAGACGGUCUGAUGUUGGCGGCAUCUUCACCGUCUCGGGUGACCCGACAGUUACGUCGGCCACCGACUGGACGAGAUCUCAGCUCAGCAAAUAUAUUUCACCCAUGUCUGAUUUCCCUUUCCCGGACGAGACUUCACUUUAUGUAUCCUCCAGGGAAUGGUCUGAAUAUUAUCGUCAGUAUGCGAGACACUUCAAAUUAUACGUCCAUAUUAGAUUCGACAUGGUCGUGAAGGUUAUCACUCGGGAUCAUGAUAAUGCGAAAUGGCUCGUUUACCUCGAGGGCCAAACAGACCCCGAGCCGUUUGACAAAGUAGUCUUCGCUUCAGGCUCGGAGGCCAAAGCCAUAAGGCCUGUGAUUGAAGGACUCGAUGUGUUCGAGGGCCAAUUCUUGCAUGGCCAAGCAUACAAGAGUCCCGUAGACUUCAAGGACGAGAAUGUCGUCGUACUUGGAAUGGGCAAUUCUGCUGCCGAUACCGCGUCUGAGCUCACCGGUCACGCUUCCAACGUCUACCUGUCCCACAGGCGAGGCGCGAGAAUCGUCCCGCGGAGUAACGAAGAUGGACCCAUGGACACCUUUUUCUCUUGGAAAAAGCUCCGGCUCGGUUUUUGGGCAGAACACUACGUACCAGGCCUUUUCCAGCUCAUCGUCGACGGCCUGAUACAACGUCGCGCCAUCCAAAGUCGCGAUGCCGAAAUCUCUGACCGGAGCAUCGAAGGAGACGGAGGCCACCUCAUAUGCAGCGACCAUCUCGUGCCUCUCGUGCAGCAAGGCAAGAUCCAAUCGGUCCGUGGGAUCCGGCGAUUCACAGGUCCCCGGUCCCUAGAGUUGGACGACGGUUCCGUUUUGGAAGAGAUAGAUGCCGUUAUCGCGUGCACGGGGUACCGCCCCGACUUCUCCCUGUUGCCGGACCUCACCUUCACGCAGCUCGGCGACGAUCUGCCCCCCUUUCCGGACCUGUUCCAGAACAUCUUCCCCCCGGCUUACGGCGACUCGCUGGCGUGCCUGAAUUACGGCAUCGUCACCGAAAGCGCGGCCCCUUUCCGCGAGUUGCAGGCUAUGGCGGUGGCGCAGGUGUGGGCGGGCAGGUCGCCGCUCCCACCGCGGGAGGCCAUGGAGCGCCAGGUCGAUGAUUACCAGCAAUGGCUCGGCUGGCGGAUGCGGGUUUUAACCGGCACGUAUUUCGGCAAGGGCAGGAUGUACCCAUGGAUGAAGUUUCUGCACCGGACAGCCGGCACGGGCAUGUAUGAGCAUAUGAGCUGGGGUUGGCGCGGCUGGUGGUUUUGGUUACGGGAGAGACGGGUGUGCGGAAUGAUGGGUUGGGGUGUCUAUUCGCCACAUAUGUACCGGCUUUUCGAGACAGGCAAACGGAGUGCUUGGCCCGGGGCGCGAGACGCGAUCAUUCGGGUCAAUGAGGAACGGGAAAGGGCGUUCCCUAGGAACAAGAAACAUGACAAGAAGCAGGCGAAGAACAAGGUAUAA